UUUCAAUGUGGUAUAAAUUAAAACAGUCGCGCAGUAGAUGAGUUUUCUGACAUACAACUCGACUUGUACAUAUACUCUGUAACGGCUACUCAUUAAGUGUGAAGAAGGCUGCUGGGUGAAAGGAAGAAAAAGAUCCAGAAAAGUAAAUGAGUUGCAGCAAUGGGAAUGACGUGUGGGAUUGGGAAAGCCACGAGUAUUACAUUGAAGAUAACACCACAAUUGAAAUACCUAAUUCCCUGUUGAAUGGAGUGAGUGAAAAUGCAGAUGAUAUAUCGUACACAUUCAACAAUGAGACUACCCCAGUUAAAGCUUGUGGAGAUUUAGCUUACCAUGUUACCAGCAAUGAAGUUAUGGAGAAAGAGUCAGAGCAAUGCAAAGAGCCUUCAUCUCAAGUUAAAAGGCGUCGUAUGCUGCAGUUUGAUUCUGAAGUUCUUGAUGCUCCACCUUUCAAUGAUGAUGCAUUUUUAAGAUCUAAGGAGACACAGGAAUCUCUCGCGGAUGCUCUGUCUGAAAUGUCUGAGUGGGCUGCUGGAUUUGCAGGAACGUCUGCAUCUAUUGAUGAGUGUCUGGACCCGUCAUCUGAAGGUUGGAUUGCUGAUUGCAUUAAUGAUGCUGAAAUGCAUUUUUGCACUGAAGAAAUGGCUUCUGAUCCAUCUGAGGAUGUUCAAAUUGACAUUACAGAGCUUUGCAACUCACCUCCUCAAUUUGAUGCUACUCAAGUAAAGAAAAAUCCUGUCCGUACUCAUCAAAAUGUCAUUUUCAAAGGUAAAAAAUCGUAUAUACGCACACCUCCAAAACUUGCCUCGUCAGUUGUCUACCCAUUCACCUUCAUUAAACCGUGUGCCAUCCAUGGUGACAUGACUCUGAAGGACAUAAAUCAAAAGAUACACAAUCCGCCUAAAUCAAAGCCCAAUGAAGAUGAUCCAUCUGUUUCUUAUCCUACCUCAGCUUUCUCUGGUAAGCCUGUGGUUGGGAAAACCAAAAUCCGUACAGAAGGUGGAAAAGGAAGCAUCACUAUUAUGAGGACAAAAGGGUAAUUUCCGUUCGCCAGGAAUGACAUGUAGCGGGAGGUUAAGUUUCCGGUUAAAUCCGAGUAACUUUUUGCUGAAUGACUUUAUUUUGUUAUAUUUUAUGUUUCCUCCGCGUAUGAGCUAAGGAUUAUGCGAGGAUCUUGACGUCUAGUUGAUCCUUGCAAUUUCAUUUGUCUCAUUAGUGGAUUAGCUCUGCUGAUUUAGUUGUGAAAGGCAAAGCCUGUAUCUAUAUGGUGUUUAUUGUUUAUUGACUGACUGAUUCUGAAAGGUUGUAUUUUGCAUCUGUGGUUGGAACUUUUGAACAGUCCGCAUUUUAAGGUUCAAUUGAAGAAAUUUAUCCAUGUUUCAAACCUACAGUUGAGUUUUUUUCCCAAGAGAAAUUUUGAGGAGGAAGGGCUCAUAUGAUUCUCUGCUUUCU